UGAUAUCAGCUGAUUAAGAGUUGUAUUUAUUAGUGUUCAUUAAUCUUUCUCCCCAUGUCAUAUAUUGUUUCAACAAGAUAAUAUUGCUGUUAGUACCAACAUUAUAAAUUUCAGAACACAAACUUUUCUGUGAUAAUGGAUUAUGAAGCAACUAUCAAAAAUAUUGGAAGUUUUGGUUUCUACCAGAAGUUAGUUCUAGGCCUUAUAGGUUUGUUGUACAUAGGAAGUGGUAUGCAAACACUAUUAAAUGUGCUUAUACUUUAUGUUCCAGAUUUCAGAUGUACCAGUAACCACACUUAUGGUAACAUUACAUACAACAUCACAAAAGAUGAAUGUUACCUUUAUCCAAAUAAUGAGACUGAAUUUAAUACUACAGACAGAACUGAGGAAAGCAUUGCCUGUAAAUCUUGGGUAUAUGAUAAAACAGAUUUUACAGCUACAGCUGCAACAGACAUGAACUUCGUAUGUGAAAAAGCUGACCUGAUCCCUCUCAUAAAUAUGGUUUUAAUGGGUGGAAUUUUGGCUGCAUCUUUAGUUUUGGGAUUUCUUUCUGACUGGAAAGGUCGCAAACUAGCUGAGAUCAUAGUUCUGGUUAUUCAGGUCCUAUGUACACUGCCACUCUACUUUAUCAAAACCAGUGAACUCCUUAUUUUCCUGAGAUUCUUUGGAGGAGUAUCUGUAUUAGGUGCUUUUAUAGCAGUAUACAUAAUUUCACUGGAAAUUGUACCAAGCGAUUACCUACCUUAUGUUAGUCUAUACAGUCAAGUGAUGUUUUCUGUUGGAGAAUUAGUUGUUAUAGGCAUUGCUUACUGUACUCGGGAGUGGCACCUUCUCUGUCUUGUGCUAGCCAUCAUCUAUUUCAUCUUUUUGUUCUUUAUGUUUUUUAUUGAUGAAUCUCCUCGUUGGCUAAUUUCAAAAGGGAAACUAGACAAAGCUGAAACGAUUCUUAGAAAAAUAGCCAAGAGAAAUGGAAAGAAGUUUUAUGCAAUGCUUACAGAAAGAACAUCUAAUAAUGAAACAGUUGCAGUGAAUGGCAGUUUUGGAGAUAUAUUUAAAUCAAGAAUUCUCUUAUAUCGAGCAUUCAAUGUGUUUUUCAACUGGAUAGCUGUGAACAUAGUGUAUUAUGGUUUAAUGUUUGGAUCAGCCACUCUGGCAGGAGAUUUGUUUGUGAGUACUUCCCUGAUGGCAGUUGUUGAGCUGGCCUCAUAUGUAGUACUAAUUUUACUUGCAAAGAAAUGUGGUAGAAAAACACUAUACAGUUCAUCAGUAAUUUUGACUGGAGUUUUCUGCUUUUCAUCAGGAUUUGUAAAAGUUUGGGCAGCAGAUAUAGUUUGGCUUUCAACUCUUCUUUUAUUGGCUGGAAAAUUUGCAGCUUCAGCAGCAUUUGCUAUAAUUUACAAUUACACAACAGAACUCUUUCCCACUGUUAUACGUAACACUAUACUUGGUUUGAGUUCUUGCUUUGGAAGAAUUGGUAGCAUGGCAGCUCCUUACAUUCUUGUUGCUGGAAAAGAAAUGGAAUCUAAAUUUGGCAUUGGUUUACCCGUUAUUCUCUUUGGAAUUUUUGCUAUAAUAGCUGGUCUAUUAUCUUUAUUUCUUCCUGAGACUAAAGGGUGUAAUUUACCAGACACAUUUGAAGAGGGAGAAAAUAUAGGACAGAAAGUGAAGCAUAAAACUAAUGGUGAAGAUAAUAAUUGAGUGGUUUCAGACUAAUCUGUGAAACUCUUUUUGGAGGGUGAAGAAAACUUUCAAUGAAAAAUCAUUCAACUGAUGUAUGAAUAUAUGCCGCAGAACCAGUAUAGGUAUCUAGCAGUCUUAAAACACAAACCGUCCUUUCUGUGAUUGAAAUUUUCAAUUUAUAUUUGAUACUUUGAAAAAAUUUAGAUGAUUGCAACAUUAGUACAUGACAACAUUACAACAAAAAAAUAACAACAAUAAGGAAAUUUAAAUAAUUACAACACUGAAAAAUAACACAACUGCAACAACGAUCCUAACAAUGAUUUCUUUUGACUUGGAAUAAGAUCUAUUGUGAAUGAUGAAGGAUACUCCUUUGCAGCUGAAUGGACCUCACUGUAUAACAGGUAUUUGUUAUCAUCCUACCACAAGCAUGCAAUUCACAAAGAUACAGAAAUCAAAGUUUAAUUUUUUAUCCUUUUCUUUUUAUAAAUCUUACAAUAGACCCAAUCUGGAAAAUGGAAACUUAAUAAAAAGAAAAACAUCACCAAAAUAUGUGAAAAUCCAAAAUAUAUUUAAAUAAAAAUGAAAAUAUCAACAGAAAAAACAAUGUCAUA